UAUUAUUUCUCUAUCUGUCUUUCACUUCUCAUAAAACUCCCUAUUAACCUUCUGAACCAUAACGCUGUAUCCUAGACGCAGUCUGAUUUUCCAUUCCCCCCUCCGCCCCCUUACCCCACCCUUAGCAGUUUUCUUUCUUCUCACAUUCUUCUUUAAAUUCCCACUUGACGCAUUUCACACUUCCUCAGUUAAACAAACAGACCUGUUCAGCGUGUAAAAACUGAAAAUAUCUGAAAAAUCUUUAACUUUUUACUCAGUUUUCUACAUGGGUUCUUGUAAAAAAGAAUGUAGAAGUCAAGUAAAAUGGCUAUGGGUUCAUGGCCCUAUCAUUGUAGGUGCUGGUCCAUCUGGCCUAGCAGUUGCAGCAUGCCUUAAAGAAAAUGGCGUCCCUUCUCUUAUUCUUGAAAGAACUGACUGCAUAGCUUCUUUAUGGCAACAAAAAAGCUAUAACUGUCUUAAGCUCCACCUCCCCAAGCAAUUUUGUGAACUUCCACUGCUUAAAUUCCCAGAAAAUUUUCCCAAAUAUCCCACUAAACCGCAGUUCGUAUCGUACAUGGAGUCAUAUGCUAAAUACUUUUCAAUCCGGCCUAAAUUCAACCAAGUUGUACAAAGAGCGGAAUUUGAUAGUGUUAGUGGGUUUUGGAGGAUUCAAACUCAAAAUUUUCAGUAUCUUUCGAGGUGGUUAAUAGUUGCCACGGGCGAAAAUGCCGAGCCAGUCAUACCAAAAAUUCAAGGGAUUGAGAAAUUUCAAGGGCCUGUAAUGCAUACCAGUGUGUAUAAGUCUGGUUCUGGGCUUAAAAACCAGAGGAUUUUGGUUGUGGGGUGUGGGAAUUCUGGCAUGGAAGUUAGUUUAGACCUCUGUAGACACCAAGCAAUCCCUCACAUGGUGGUCAGAAAUUCUGUUCAUAUUCUACCAAGGGAAACUUUUGGAAUUUCUACGUUUGCUAUUGCAAUGGCACUUCUCAAAUGGUUUCCUUUGAGAUUAGUUGACAAAUUCCUCUUGCUGCUGGCAAAUUUCACCUUAGGAAACACAGACGAAUUAGGCCUGCGGCGGCCCAAAACCGGCCCAAUUGAACUCAAAAAUGCCACCGGGAAAACCCCUGUACUCGAUGUUGGAGCGUUGUCCCAGAUUAAAUUUGGAAAAAUUAAGGUCAUGGAAGGCGUAAAG